AUGUGCACAUCCGCUGUCAGAGAAUCUUUAGCCAAUCUCGACCAUUUGCUGUGUGUAACGUCUGCAUGCCACUUGUUUUGGUGCCUAUCUGACUUCAGAUCAAAGCUUGCUAUGGGAAUCUCAAAACAAUCUUUUAAAGAAGAAAAGUUUAAGAAUGAGCAAGAAGAUCUGAGACAUGGUGAGCUAAGUAAGAAGUGCAUUGACUGUCUUAUUGCCGGUCUGCUUGUUAUGUCAUCCUCACUUUUGUACGGUGCUUAUGUUUAUUCUUAUGAGCGGAUUGCCGAAGCUACUGCAUCUUGUGCACCUUUGACUGAGGAAGGAUACUCCUGGUGGACUCCUAGGUCAGUGUCCUCUUUCAAUUCAAGGAUGAAUGUUUUGUUGUGUCAAGUUCAAGUUGUGAGUAGGAUGACAUUUGGCUUCCUAAUGAUCUGUGCUGUUGCAUAUUUGCUCAUGUGGCGGUCAACAGCAUCGACAACACAGACAAUGCCGGUAACUUUCAUCCUUUUGCUAUUAGGAGUUGCUUGCGGCUAUUUUGGCAAGCUGUGUGUGGAUACGUUGGGAGGGAAUGGUUAUGUCUGGCUCCUAUAUUGGGAGAUUCUGUGCUUGCUUCAUUUCUUGUCCAUUGUUUGCACAUCGGUUUUGUUCCAAAUCCUCCAUGAACCUGUCACUGCAACACAAACAAGAAAGGGUGAUAAAAUUCCUUAUUGGUUCCGAAGAUUCCUGUUCUACGCUUCCUUGCUGGUAUUUCUGCCUCUAUUCUGUGGUCUCUUGCCUUUCGCUGGCUUGGUUCAUUGGAAAGAUCAUUUUAUGAUGAAGGUGACUGAGCAUUUGACAGAUUCGAGUUAGUUUUGUUGGGCUUAGGCAUGUCUUUUUGCUUGAUUCUGAGCUAAAUUGGUAGUAGUGAGUCAAGCAGACAUAAGUUGUCUUUGCCCAAGGCUGUGAUAUUAGUUCCUGUAUCGCUAAUUUUUCUCUUCGUGGAGGGCCAUGUGCAAGUUUGAAGUGGUCCUCUUCUAAGCAAGAGUUCAUAGAGGUGAUGUUUAUUUAUCCGUCGAACGUUGUAAAAUAAAGGCUGUAUUGUAAUUUUUUGGUGAUGUAAU